AAGUUUUGUAAUUAAAUACAAAAAGAACAGUUAAUUAAUGCAACUAAGAAUUUUAAUCUCCUUAUUUUUUUAGUGUAAGAUCGCGAAACAUUGUGCACAAAUAAACCGUUUUGUGUUAAUAAAUUAUAUGUAUGUUUGUAAAUGAAAUCUAUGUGUAAUUUUUUGCACAGGAAAUUUGUAGAGUCUGACUAUGUGCAAAUGAAUCUUUAUUUUUUCGUAUUUUUUUGGAAAAAUAAAAAUACGAAAAAAUAAAAACUAAAAAGAAUAAAAGAAUACUUCGUAUUUACUUUGCAUUUUUUUAUUCUUUCACACAUUUUACGAGCAAAAUUUUUUUCAACUGACUGAUUUAAUUGUUAUGUCGUCGUUUCUCAAGCUACGCGUCACCGAAUUUUUCUCCCUUCUUCAACUUGCCAUCACACACGAAGAGAAAGAUGAUCGUCGACCAGUUACAAGUAACGGGUACGUUGACCGCGUUCCACGAGGAAGACAAGACUGGCGGCUAACGAGUUGCGUAGAUUUACGAAAGAAAUCGAAGAAGUAGGUGCCGCAAACGCGAUUCCGUUUCUCUGAAAAAUUGUAACCUGGCAAGUGCAAAAGUGAGAGAAGCGCGAAAAAGUGACGAUCCCGUUUUAGUUUUUCAUUGAAAAAUGUCUCUCGAAAUGUAUCUCCUCGUCAUCGUCGUGUUGUUGCACUCUUGCGCGCUUAGCGUGUCUGACAAGCAGGAAAGUGCGUAUAAUCAUACGUCAGGAGCACUGAAUUCGUCUCCAACACCUUUGCCGCAAAUCAAUAUACGGCAGGCGAUAAAUUAUCCCUAUUAUCCAUUCAGACCACCGCAAAACAAAUGUCCUUUGUGCGACAGUUCGGUUUACCCUUAUUGCGGCGAGAAGUUGUUCCACGACGCUUGUUGCUGCACCGAUUCCCAUGAUUUACCGUAUCAAUGCAAAUUAGCGGACUGUCGAUUUCUGCACGCCAACAGCUGUAAAGAGCAUCGACUAAUCGCCAACUGCUGCUGCAGCGACGAUUAUCGCACCGUCUUAAGAAUUCUGGGCCCGGCAUGAAUAUUAAUUAAUCAUAUCAUACAUCAAGUAUAAAUUUGUCGGCAUGAUCCGUUCAAAAAAAAAAAAAAUAUCACAGAAUCAACUGCCAUGAAAAUAAAAAAAAAAAAGUUGUAAUCC